AUGAAGCUCUUCGCCUAUCUCCCCCCGCUGCCGCCCUUCUUGUUCGCGGCCUUGGUCGUCGGUGGUCUCGCCUCCAAGGCCUUGCACAUCGCUCUACAUAUCCACUCGCUUCCGUUCCUCUAUUUCGUCCUCUACUCGCCCACUCUUAUAAUACCAGACCUACUCGUUAUUGCAUUUGUACGAGUUUUAUUGCAUACGCCCUCCCCGGAAACGAAGUUGCAAUGGGUUACGACAGCCUUGGGGGGAUUGCUCUCCCUGAUCGUAUGGGGCGCAUCAUCCAUUCAAUUCGGCUUCUUCAUGCAGACUGGCGCCGAGGUCGCCUGGGCCGCCAGCAAUAGUUUCCUCAGCGAUCCCGCCGCCAUGAAGAUCUUAUUGAGCGGCAUCUCGACUGUUUCCGCCGCCGCGACAGUUCUUGGCCUGAUCGCCUGGCUAGUUCAUGCGAAAAUUUACCACUGGACCGGUCUCGGGUUGCAGGCGAUCCGAGAUCUGUUAAGCGGCAGCUACAGAGCCAGAUAUACGUUACUCGGAGUCCCCAGCAAGUCAUGGAUGACGACAAUGGAUCUUCGAACCGUGCGCCGUAUCGCUAUUACCGUCUCCAUCUGUUCGUCUUUAUUAUUCCUGGAACUUACCCGACCAUCGGUCCCAUAUGAUCACCUCUCGGGCGCGUUGCCGUUGACAUUGUUGGAUGCGUUCACGAAAAAAUCGAGUACCACCGAAGGGUGUCGCCAAUCUCCGAUGAAAUUCCCUCUCUGGACGGACGUGAAGACUGGAUUUAUGGCCAAUAGCUGGUCGCGCCCUUCCUGGCUUCCGCAGAACCCGCCUCCCGGAUUUAGUCGUUACGAACAUAGCCCCGAUGAGCGCGCUGAGAAGGAUAACCCUUCGUGGUACUUGUGCAACGACAACGAACCCGGCUUCUACAACCCCAAGACGGACCCGCUCAAGAUUUCCAAUCUUGGCGGCGACAUUUACGGCCCUUUGAAGGCUGCUUUCGAUGCACACUCUGUGGAAAUUGACCAUGUUAUCCUGCUGACCCUCGAAAGUGGGCGCAAGGAGCUCUUCCCCAUGCAGCAAGGGACUCCAAUGUUCGAUGCUUUGCUCGAGUCGCACGCCAAGGAGGAUCGUGAGGAGGCGAUCGACCGUCUUGUCACGAUGACUCCUGUGUCGCAGAUGCUGACAGGCGAAUAUGCCACCGAUAGCAAGGGCGAGAAGGUCAAUUUGACUAGUGCGAACUGGCAGGACCCAGCGGAGGAGGGAAUGGGUGGACUGAACGUUCGUGGUGCACUUACUGGCAGCUCUUUAACCUUUAAGAGUAUUCUGGGAAGUCACUGUGGCGUACAUCCACUCCCCGUAGAUCUUUUAGAGGAGACCGGCCUCGAAAUCUAUCAGCCAUGUCUACCUCAGCUCUUCGAACUCUUCAACACGGUCAAGAACCCGAACCCGACUCCAGAGAUCCUAGAGCGUGAUGAUUCGGCCUCGGAGGCUCUGAAGAACCCCUGGAAGUCUGUCUUCAUGCAGUCAAUUACCGACGACUACGAUCGCCAAGAUGUCCUGAACGAGAACAUGGGAUUUAAGCACAAGGUUGUUAAGAGCACCCUGACGUCGCGAAAAUCAAAAUACCGGGCUAAGGGACAGGAAAUCAACUAUUUCGGAUUUGCCGAGACCGAACUGAAGCCCUACGUUCGUGAUCUAUUCGAAGAAGCUGCCAAUAACAAGACCCGCAUGUUCCUCUCUCACGUUACCAGCACAACUCACCACCCAUGGAACACCCCCGACGACUUCGCGAUCGAGCACUACAUGGGCAGCCAAGGCAGCAUCAACCACAACCUAAUGAACAACUACCUCAACUCGGCCCGCUUCGUGGACAACUGGCUCGGCGAUAUCAUGACCAUGCUCGAUGAAACCGGUAUCGCCAACUCGACCCUGGUUGUCAUCGUUGGCGACCACGGCCAGGCUUUCGGUGAAGAUAAUAAGGAUAUGACCGGUACCUAUGAGAACGGACAUAUCAGCAACUACCGCGUCCCAAUCGUCUUCCGACACCCGCACAUGCCCCGUAUCAACAUCGACGCUAACGCCACAUCUAUCUCCAUCAUCACAACUAUCCUCGACCUCCUCGUUCAAUCACACUCCUUGGACGCUCGCGACUCUGAGAUGGCCUCAUCCUUGCUCCCUGACUACCAGGGCCAAUCACUCAUCCGUCCUUUCAUCCCUUACAUCAAAGAUGGCCAUGACACCCCGACCGAAAAUGACAGCGAUGUCGAAGCUCGCUCUCCACGCAAGAAGUCUCACCACAAGGGGGGCCACCACCACACCCGAUACAAUUGGAAUUUCGGUAUCGUGAACGCCGGCGGCUCCAUGGUCUCAAUCACGGCCGCUGGGCUACCCUACCGACUUGUUCUGCCUCUCAAGGAGGGCUUUGAGUAUGCCUUCAGCGACUUGAACAAAGACCCUGGCGAGCUGCACCUUGUCAAGUCUUGGACAAUGGCUGAUCUCGUUGAUGAUGUUUUGUCCAAGCAUGGCCAGUCAGCUGCCGAGUGGCUCGAAGAUGCAGAGCAGGUUGGUAAGUGGUGGGUGAACGAGCAAAGGCGUAUUUGGGGAUACCGUGAGGCAUAG